AUGUAUGAGUACAUUAUAGAGAUGUCUCAACAAUAUAGCUUACGAUGGAAUAACCAUCAGCCUAACUUUAUUUCUAUGUUUGGAACAUUGCUGGCUACAAAAAAUUUAGUUGACGUCACUCUUGCUGCUGAAGGUCAACAUCUAGUUGCACACAAAGUGGUGUUAUCAGCCUGCAGCACAUAUUUUCACUCAUUGUUUGUUGAUAAUCCAUCACAUCAUCCAAUAGUUAUAUUGAAGGAUGUUACAUUUAAUGAUCUACGGACAAUGGUGGAUUUUAUGUACUAUGGAGAAGUUAAUGUCACUGAAGAACAAUUACCACAGGUACUAGAAACAGCAAAAAUAUUAAAAAUUAAAGGACUAACAGAAAUGCCAGACUCAACAUCUUUGACUAGGUCUCAAGGGUCAUCAGCAGACUUACCUACUGCAGAAAAUUCUAAUGAGACACUAAGACCUUCAAUUUCGACACCAUCACCUAUUUUAAAACCAAAAAGACGCAGAAUGAGUUCAACGGGUUCAGUUGGGAAUUUGGCGACCGACGACAACAGGAGUAAUGAUUGCGUUCAAAAUAUGGACAUGAUGCGCGAAGCGAUAACUCUUAGCAGUGUACCACAACAGAAACGAAGGGAAAUGGAAGAACGGAUUGAUAACUCACAGCAGACUGGAGAACCAUCAAACAUCAAUAUAGAUCAACUUGCAAUGGACGCAAACUCCGCUGUUGGUAUAUCACAAGGCCAAUGGAGUAUGCUGGAGCAUACAUACCCUCGGUAUACUAAUGCCUGUCUCGGCGGCGGGGGCCUGCAGCCGGACCAGGGGAUGUAUUUGAAUAAUGUGAUGAAUCAACAUGGAGAGUCAGAGAUGAAUAACUACGGGCAGGUGCUGGGCAUGACGGGCCCCGCGCCCGGGCCCAGCUGCGUGGCCGACGCGCAAGCGAUACAGCCCAUCAACCAGAUGCAGCAGAAGCGUCGGCGAACAACCAACCCCCAAGCCGAGGAAAACUUCCAGAGAGCCCUGGAGGCGGUACGCUUCGGCGGCAUAGGAUUCUGUAAAGCGGCCCGCAUGUUCGGCGUGAACAACCGGACUCUAUGGCUCGAGUACAAGAAGAAGGGCUACCCGAACAACCGGCCGAGUAUCAAGAGUAGGAUAAAGCGCGAGCACGUGACCCCGCCGCCCAAGGAGGAGCCGCCGCAGCCGGACCCGCAGAUGGCGCUGCUGUGCCCGCCGCACCCCGUGUCCGUGGGAUUCAUCGACCCGAGGCCCGUGGACUUCCCCCUGCAGGUGAACAACUCGCCCUUGAACAUCAUCAACGGCGUCAACUUCCCGAUGCAA